AUGGAUUGGGAAAAAUACACGCUCGGAUCGGAGUUCCCCGAGAGGAAAAAGCAGGUUGGUGGUGACCAGUCAGUAGUGAACCGGGUCAGGUUUGUCCGAAGUCCUCCUCCUCCUCCUCCUCCGACUCCUGAAAUCGACCUCAAUACUGACAUGCAAUUGAAGUUGCGUGUUGUCGUCUUCCUGUACCUGAAACAGUGCAAUACAAGCGAAGACAUUUUCUGGUCGCACAUCCUCCGAGCUGCAUCGGAAAAAAGUGGCGUCCGCCGUCGGAUGUGCAGCGAGGUUGGUUCUCAAGUCUUUUUGAGGGUAUCCGACGACGAGGUACUACUGUGUGGACUUCGGGGUUCCAUGCCUGUUCGGUACAGAGUCGACCAAAAGUGGCCGACUUUGUUUAGGAACGCGUUUCUAAACGGUGCAGCGAAAUACUCACACGAAGCAGUCUCACAAUGA